AUGCUUCAUGCCUGGGAUCGUCUUCACGACUCUCCACAAGGCAUUGUCAAUCACCAAGCCGUGCUUUUGGAUAAUCGCGUCUACAUUAUCGGAGGGUACUUCAGAGAACAGCGUACAGCCUAUGAGGAAAUUGCGCAGAUUGAUUUGUUUGUAUAUGAUUUGGAUAACGGGUCCCAGCGUAAUCACUAUUUCUCUCCAAAGUCAAGCUCGGAGAAACCGCGGCGGCGAUACGGUCAUUCUGUGGUGGCCUGGCGCGGUCGAGGUUGGCUCUACGGCGGCCGAACGGAUGGGUUUGGCUGCUUCGAGUCGGUGUACAUGUUCACUCCUUGCAAAACGCCUUCGCCCACCUGGGCACGCGUCGUCGGAAUCAACGGAGCCCCACCCGUUCGACGCGAUGGACACUCGGCGGCUGUGCUUAACGACUGUAUGUUCAUCUUCGGUGGCUACUUGGAUGAGCUUCAACGUUUGGACAACACCGUUUACAGACUAAAUUUCCUGACCUGGUCCUGGAGUACUAUAGACAUCGUCGGGACACAACCGUUGCCUCGGGACUUUGCCAGUCUUACUGUCACUCCCUGUGGCCGCCUUUUCAUGUUUGGCGGUCGAUGUCGGUCCAUUACCCCUGAUGAAGAUGACGAAGACGUGUACGACGCCAUCUUGUGGGAACUCGUACCAAAUGACGCCACCGCCUUAAAGCCCUGUCCCUACGAGGAGAUCUGCCGUCUAAGAUCUCGUGGGCCAAAGAACUUCGGUAUAAUGGUAGAGGAGACUUUGCUUGGCCAGUGGCGUGAGGACUUGUGUGACGAUCCUAACGAAGUCUGGCAUUCGACACCCACGCGACCGCUUUGUCUGCAGCGACACAUAGCUCCACCCUAUCAGGAUUCGGCUUGUAGUGGAUUUCUUGACCCAACGGCAUGGAAUUCGUGUACGUGGCGUGUCGUUCACCGGCCCGUGGUUGACUGCUCCACGCCUCUUCCUCUCACGCCCCACCUCAUGAUGGAGCUGCGUGAAGCCUCUCUCAUUACUGCAAAUGAAGAAAGUAUGCUCCUCAUGGACGCAUUCACCUCCGGUUUAUCCUCAGAUGACGAAGCGUGUCCUCUGGGACGGAGGAGCCAGUCUACCUGGUACCAUGCCGGGAACAUUUUUGUGGCAUUUGGUUCCCUAAAAUGCCCUCGCCUGCACGCAAAGUUCUACUUCAACGACAUUCGGCGGUUCUCGCUCUCCGAGGGUCGUUGGUACCGCGUGAACUGCGCCACUCCGCUGCCGCCGGCACGACGGAGGACCGUUGCUGUCCCUUUGGGUGUUGACGGGCGUGUCUUCGUAUUCGGCGGGACCCAUCCCGAACUUGCACCGCCUCCUGAGGGCCAUCUUGCGGAGGCGGUGCAGGAUGGCAAGGUGACGCUGCCCCCCGUCCUACGAAUUUCUGCCUCGGGUGACACUCCCACCACGCCGUCCAACACUGACGCGGAACCGCAUUCCAUCCCGAGCAGCAGCGCCGAAGCCCGUGCAGACGCCUCCACCCCAGUCAGCAACUCGUCCUCCUUUUUUUUCACCAACCGUCCCCUAUGUGUGAUUGCCAGUUACCUCCUCGGGGUAAAUCACGAAGUACCCAGUUACGACUUCUCGUUUCACAUUUUCCUCCCUUGGAGUCGCCCACAAUUUGGCCCGGAGGAUCUUCGCAAUCCCGUAAUCCUUUAUGCCUCCACCGACGAGAUUGCAUCCGGUGCGUUGGUCGAGGAUUUUGCGCUUUCCGCUGGCGGCCGCGCACGCGCAAGAUCGUUUGCGCAGCUCCUCUUUAGUACCCUGGCUGGCUCAUUGGGUAGGGAUGCGUAUCCCAAUGAACAUCCUACGGCGAUAGUUUGGGCACAGUCACAGGGAACCAACACUUUCACCAUUUUCGGCACUUCCGCCGUGAAUGCGCUGGUGGAAGGAUUUAAGCGUCAAAUGAUCGCGGUUGCGGGGAGGUUCGCGGCGCGCCUUCUCGAUCAUAUCUCGACCUCGGGGCUUUUGCUUGAACCAGAACACCAAAGGCGAAUCCACGUAGACCUCCAAAUGAGGAAUCAGACGAACUUUUCCGCCUAUGUUUCGCACAUGGCCUAUCCCACACGUGCUCUGUAUUGGCUGAGGCACACUGAAGUGCCACGUUUGCAAAGCUUGGUGCCACUGUUUUAUCGCAGGAGUAGUUUUUUGCCCCCCAUUUUUGACCACGAAGGCUUCGAUGAACCUGAGUCAGAUUCUUCGAUCUGUAGUGAAGAUGAUUACAUUGAUACAUUUGGGGUAAAUGGGAAGGAAGUUUGUGCAAGCAUCCCUUCUAUGAACUGUUGUGUACUGCGUGGAAGUGAACGUCUCAGGGAUCUUGCCGACUGUUACAUCCUGUAUCCUGACGCCACGCUAUAUCAGUUGUGUCUUCUGCGUGUCCGGCGUCUCUGCCGAAACCUCCUUCAACUGCCUCCCGACAUCCCGUGGCCCAUUUUAGGUCAUCUGCGCCAUCUAUUUCCUGGGAAUACCUGA